AUGGAGGAAAUAGUCAUUCCCAACCUCGACGACGACGAAGAUGACUUCCAACUACCAGUCCAUAAGCCCACUUUCGGUGCAGGAUCUUCCACUUCCUCUUUACCCGAAACCGACCCUUACGCACACCGUACCAACCCUUCUGCCGAUGGUUCAUUCCCCACUCGACUUCAAGCUACACCCACUCGACCAAUCUUGCCUCAGGCAUCAGCAAGUUUCUCUGUAGGCGUACCAACCCCCAACACCAAAGCUCAUGGUUUCGGUCAAAGUGCAGCAAGUACAAGUUCGGACGAUCGAUCAAAAUUGGGUAAAUUCAGUAAUGGAUCUUCCUCCUCUUUGGUCACUCCAGGAACAUCUAUAAGUUCAUCGGCGGGUUUUCUACAAGCUAGGAAAGGAUCUUUGGCAUCUUUGAAAAAUGCUUUCAAAUCUUCGUCUUCCUCCUCGUCCAACACCAAUGCUAUACCACCUGUACCAACGUUAGAUACCAAAGCCUAUGGCGCACCUGGAUAUCCAGCUUUACGAAAUCCAUUCUCAAGGUUUGAUUCUCCCAUAUCACCCAAACACUCUACUUUCAAAACCCCUAAUUCAAGGAGUGGUAAGACCCCUUCGACAUCGACGACUGCUUCUCCAGCUCAACAUUCCAUUACCCCCAGCGGAGGAGCGGUAGGGUAUCAUAAUCCAGAUGGAAGGAAGUACUCCAUAGCAUCAUCGCAUAGAUCUCAAGGUGGUAGAUCGAUUAAUUCUCAGGGAUCAUCCAAUUUCAGAGCUGAAGAUCACCCGAUGCCAGCUUUACCUCCCAUACCCAUGCGUCAGACUCCCUCAAGGAUGAAUAGGAUGGGAAGUGAUGCUAGUGUCUUUGGUUUCACAUCCAGGAGGAAUGGUAGUAUAGGUGGUGGAUUGGUUGAAGAUGGUUCAGAGAUGAGUUUCGGUAAAACACCAGGUGAAGAAGCUUUGAAAGUCGUUUUUAGAGGCUUUAGGGAGGUGGCGAAUCAGAAAGUUGGUAGGAUAUGUGCGAGGCCAUUGAACACCCAACCAGCUCUCCCUUCGUUUCUCGACUCUGGUGUUGACCCGACUUUCGACUCACUUAUCAACUCCUUGGCCCAUUGCGGUACGCGGCAUGCCAGACGGGUGGUCGACCUCCUCACCAGCUGGUGCAGGGACUAUACCGGUAACAUCGGUGCCUCCGAGGUUAGAGCUCAUCUAGAUCGAUCAUUGGGUCUUCAAAUGCGUGUGGAAGACGCAGCCGCCAUCUUACAAUCUAGAAAAUCCUCUGCAGCGAAGUUCAUCAUGAAUCGAUCAUUGAUCGAAUUGCUCAAGGUCAUCCCAAAAGAUUCUCUGGAUCAGGAAUUGGGAAUAACAUUAGAACAAAAUGCUUUUAAUGCGUAUAGAUCAGAGAAAAUAGAAGAGAUCAUACAGUUCCCACAUCGAAAAGCAGUUUCUCAACUCCAAGUUGAAUUAUUAGGACAGCUGUCCAAUAACAGAUUUUUAACUGUUAGUGAUAGGUUCAUAAGGGAAUUAUCAAAACAUGCCACGGCCAGUCAACCUACCAAAGAAGCUGAAGCGAAGAUUGAACAUCUGUUGAAAGGAAUGAGACACCUUAAAUUGCGUGUAUAUCCAGAAGAUGAACUGGAAAUGUCAUCCGAAUUCAUCACUUCCCUAGCGGGCUUCUUCGCCAACUCUCAUGGUCAGACGCUGAAAAUCGCCUAUGCAGAAACCUUCACCAGCUUAUUACAUCCGGUGAUUGAAACUGCUACGGCGGAAGUCAAUCACCCCAUGUGGUCGAAAGCAGUCGCUAUCAUCUUGGAUAGAGCUUUGGCGAUGGCUCAAAAAGCCAGGUAUUGGCCUGCAGCUUUUCCAUUGGUGAUCACUGCGCUAGGUGUUUCCCCAAGAGAGGUAUUUAUGCAGCAGUGGCAAUCUUGUAUUGAUGCGAUCUUGGCUAAGUUCAAGGACCGCAAUCUCCGUUCGAUAGCUAUGGGAGCUUUCAUCCGAGUAAUGUGGAUAUAUCUGAAUCGAUGUUCCGAAUCUUCCACUUCUAUGCGGAAACGUCUUGAUCCCCUGAUACGGACAUGCUUUACCCCCAACGGCUCGUUAUAUCCCCCUGAACUACCCUCAGAUGCAUUCAUCGCGAUUCUUCACUUCGUCAUGACUCGUCAUCUAGAUUACGGAGAAGAAUUCGUGUCGGAGUUCCUUAGAAAUGGAGCGAUUGAUGGUCUGGCUGAUCGAUCAACAGUUCUGGUACGAGCUAUCAACUAUACACUGCGGUCGACCGAAUUAGAAAAAUCAGCUCCUUGGCCAACAAAUCCAGAUUUCACCAAAUUUGACUUCGAGGGAUUCGAAACUUCCGGUGAAACACUACCUUUUGACGCCGAAUCGAAUCCCGAGGUCCAUGAUCUGUUGAAACGAUGCGGUCCGGCUUUCAUCGAUUUGCUCUUCCAAUGCGACAAUAACAUCAAACUUCUUCUACUUUCCAAUGAUUCCAUCGCUCUAUCUGGUCACGCUUCAAGCCAUUCAAUGGAUAAUGUCACCGAGAACAUCUGUGUCAAACAUGGAGAUGUCUAUGUCACCUAUUCCGCUCGAUAUGCACCAACGCUUCACCUCAUGUCUGCCAUACUGGACACGUUACCCCGAUGUAUGCCGAAUGACGUCAACUUCCCUCAAGUCGUCAACGUUCUUUGUCGAGCUACCUUCUCGGCUGACCCGAAAGUAUGUCAGAUAGCCGGUGAUACACUUCGUCGAAUAUGUCAAGAUCCCGAGAAGUGUCUGAUGAUAGUCAAUACAUACCGUGAAUUCGUUUUCGAGACUAGACAUGUGUUUCGAGAUACCUUUAUCGGAGCAAGAUCACUUGAAAGUCAAUUCGAGAGAAUCAUUUCAUUAUGGCUUGAUCUCUUACAGAUUCUCGUGGGUCAUCAGAGAGUAGCUGAAGCUCAAGCGAUCGACAAUGAAAGCGAAAAACGAUCACUUCCAAUUGAACCCUCGCAAAUUAGCAAGAUCGAAGGUUGCGCGAUGUUUCUCCUUUGCUCGACUGCUUUACCCAUUCGUAAAUUGGCUAAUCAAAUCCUUGUCGCUGCGAGGAAUAUGGAAGGUCAACAACGUCGACCGUCAGCGGCAUUCAGAUACAGUCGGAUCAUGCCUGAUAAAGCGGCUUUGACGCGUGUACUGCAGAUAUUCGAAUAUAACGUUGAAGAAUCUGAUUUAGCCUCGAUAAGGGGAUUACCAUGGAUGACAUCCAGUGAUCGACAUCGAAUAGAUUUACUAUGUGCUAAAGACCGAAACAAACUUCUUCAGCGAAUAGCAGAGAGUGAUCAUCCCAAAGAUGGACUGUUAUGGUUAUCUGUUUUGCCCUUCUUCACCGGAAAAGUGGUCGAACAACUGCCUUCACCUGCAGCAGACUUACGUCAAGUGGUUUGUCAACUGGUUCUUAGAUUACAGGCUCAUGUGGCGAUGAUAGCUGGAUCAGGAAUAAGUAGAGGUACACCGUCCAGAGGAGGAGUCACUGCUCGAACUUCGUCCGAUACGGCUAUACUGGCAGAUCAUUGGAGAGCCUACCUAUCGAUAUUAUGCGUUACGAUGUCUUCUCAAGGUCCUGCUCCUCCCACCCCACCUGUACAAAGGACGAAAGAUGUCGUUAUACUCAAUCAGGAAAUGAUCAAUACUCCCGGACUAUUCUCAUACCUUACUUCCUUACUUGGAUGGGAAGAUCCAAGAUUCAAGGACGCUGCUGUGUACGCUAUGGGAUCCAUCAACCAGGAUUUAUUAAGGCCGUUAUCGGAAAUACUAUUAUCGGUCGUAAGGAGAUUAGCAGAUGGAAGUAAAGUUGGUGGAACGCCCCGAACCGAUUCAGGAGGCGGUACGAUCUCGACAUCGAGAAGAACGCCAUUAACGGCUCAUGGACCGAUAUGGACGAGUGUGGCUCAUGUAUUCCGACUGAUCUCGCCUUUAUUAUUAGAUGCCAAGUCAUCUUCGCAUUUAACGAAUUUAUCAUCAAUGAUUGGAUUUGUUAAAGUGACUUAUACCUUGUUAUCGGACCGAUCGGUCAAAGAAGAUUUCGAAUUGCAAUCCCUACGUCGAUCAUUUUGCAUAACCGUCGAAAAUCUCACCAACUCACUCGGAAAAUUGGAUUCAUCGGAUAGGUUCCUAGGGGAAGAGAUGAGAGGAUCGAUAUUCAAACUGUGUUUUGAAUGGUGUCAUGUUGGUCGUAGACCCGAUGUAGCUAAAGCUAGAGAAUCACAGACUCUCCAAGCUGCUGCUGAAGGAUAUAGAGGCGAUCGAGAUAGAGCGCAAUACUUGGAUGACUUACAGGCGAAAACGAAAUUGUUGAGCGCUGCUGCUGCUGAGGCGAUGGCUGGGUUAUGUCAAGGCAAACUCAUUUCUGCCAACGAAGCUACCCCAGCUCAACAGGCUUCCGAUCAUAUGGUUGAACCGUUGACCGUCUUGCGAUGGAUAAGAGGGAUGUUCUCGUCCUCCUCAGUAUCACACCACGAGACUGGAAGACGCGCUCUAUUCGCUUUGAUCAAGUAUAACUGGGAUUGCGACAGGCUACUCGACGAGGUUCUGCACCAAUCCUUUGGCGAAGGCGAACAAUUCUCUCUCGAAUCGUCCUUCUUCGGGGUGGUUGCCGAUGUACUCUCGGAAGGUCACCAUGCAUUACCUAUCGAACAGGUAGCUUGUUUGGCCUUGUCAAAACUCGGUCAUCCCGUUUCGGCCAUUCGACAACGGGCUUUUCAGCUUACCGAGUCGUUGUACAUUGACCCUUCCGGUAAACUCCUGUCAACGGCUUUAUUCCCUGCCAUAGGGAGUUCCUCCGCGAAUAUCUACCGAAAUGCUCAGAAAGAAAUGUCUGUCCAACUCGCUUCUAUCUAUGCCGAUCACGCUUUCCAAUUCUUAGCGGAAUGCACCACCAGACUCAGUCAGCUUGAAGCUCCCCGUCGGCAAGCUACGUUAUCAAUCCUUCAGGGCUGGGUCAAAUAUCUGGAUUUAGCUUCAGAUACAUCUGAACUAUCAUCUGAGGAUGCUGCGGCAGAACAUCAAGCAUUGCAGAACUUGGUGUACCUUGCAGUAAGAUUUAGUGAUGACCACUUGGAAGAUGUAAAAUCGAUAUUUGUCUCUUUUGCCGACGCCGGAUAUACUCAUCAGCAAUCACCUCCUCAAGCUCAACAAACACACAACACCAAUACCACUGCCCUGAUGAAGUUCCUUUUCGAGCAAGGUGGGAAGAGGAAAUCGCCCGAGUUUGUCAACCACGCUCAGCGGAUUAUGGCUUGUUUAGCGCAGUCGAAAGCUGGAGAUGCAAUUUUCGAAGAGAUCUGUAAUUUCGUCGAACCUAACGCUAUGGCUGCGCUGCCUGAGGCCGAUAUACCACCAAGCCCCAUGACGUCUCUCGUCAACCUCGAUUCACUUAUGAAUGCGCCGUCUUCAAGAUCACAAACCUUUUCGACGGGUCAAUUGGCUCUACUUUUUGCCGGAGAAUUGCUACCGCAUCGGUUGGACGAUAUUUCGACAGGCAAAAGACUACCAUCUUUACUUCAUGCUGCCCUUAUACACACUGACCAUAAUUCCUCGGCUCUGCGCGAUCAAGCCCAAUCAGUCUUAUUCCAGACGCUUCGUGCUUGGGUAUGCGAUCUAUCGAAUGUUCCCACAGGUGACGCUGCAAGCAUAUGGUCAUCAACGGAGACUAAAGUCACAUCACUUGCUCGUACGGCUUCCACAGCAUUCUGGAAAGCGGAUGAUAAUGGAACGUCGGAAUCUGCGUUUUUAGCUCCACCUAAGAUGACGAGCUUGAUCAUGAAAAUUCUAGGUAUGUUGUUACCUCUCCAGCCAAGGAUUAGACAACAAUGGGGAGAACUAGCAUUAUCAUGGGCUACAUCUUGUCCUAUCCGUCAUCUGGCUUGUCGAUCUUUCCAAGUGUUCCGAAUAUUAUCACCUCGAGUCAAUCCAAGGAUGGUAUCUGAUACCCUCGCCAGGUUGAGCAGUACGAUCGCCUCGUCUUCAUCGGAAAUUCAAGCUUUCAAUCAAGAAGUUCUGCGAACAUUCGCAGCGAUGGUUCAGAACUUGUCGAUGUCAGAGGCCUACUCGUACCCUCAGAUAUUCUGGUGUAGUGUCGCUUGUCUGACUACGCCAUUCGAAAAUGAAUUCACGGAAGUUAUCGAAUUGCUCUCUCACGUAUUGGACAAGACCAACCUAUCUGAUCCAUCUGUAGUGGGACAUCUAGUAUCUUUCAGGCCACCAGAUUGGGUUGGACCCCCGCCAUAUCUACAAUCGCUCUUGAUGGUCGGACUGAGAUCUUCAAAAACUGCUUUCUUGACAUUCGAUCUUAUCAGACGUCUGACUUCGGCUUCUCAAGACGAACUGAUCGAUUCGCCUAAUGACAGAUUACUACAUGGAUUCAUAGCGUCUUUACCAUGGAUGUUACACUCUCUCGAUGUUGGUGAACCAAAUGAAGAAUUGGCAUCGAUGGCUUUGGACUUGGCUUCCAUAGCUGAUGCUCAAGGAAAUGCUUCUUUCUCUAGAUUAUUGACGUCUUUCGCCAGGGUCCGGUUUAGAGCGAAAGAUGAUUUCAUCCGACAAGCUUCAUCCCUCUUAAGAGAUUUCAUGUCUACCCAUGCGCUGGAUAUCGUAACUCUCUUACUCGGCUUCAUACUCAAUACGAACGACUGGAUGAGGGAGAAAUCAAUGUCAAUUCUGAAAUUGGUCUUACAACAUCCUGAAGCUAGGGUACCGAUCCAACAAAAUGGAAAUGAACUACUCGUACCUCUCUUGAGGUUAGUAUCCACCAAGCAUUCGUCACAGGCUUUAGAUGUUUUAGAUAUCCCCUUACCACCAUUUUCGAUGGAUCCCUCGGCUAGUGGGAUGUUAUCUCCCAAUUCGUUCUCUAAGGAAGGUGGAGGUGAGAUCUUCGGUUCUAUCAGUGAUGAGACUGGAUGGUCUGUUGCCAAAUGCAAAGAAUUUUCAGCAUUGACGAAAGAGAAUGUCCAUGCGGUAUUCAACACUUGCGCAAUUGAGACUCGAGCCGCAUCGGCUCAUUUCUCCGUAGUUCAAUUUACAGAUUUAGGUAUGGGUCUCAAGAACGGAUUUGGCGGAUUCGGAGGAUUGGGAAAUCAUUCGCAAAUAUCUUUUGACCUUCCUUCACCUCCACUUUCGAGCUUGGCAAAUGCGAGUAAUCUUUCUCAUGGACAUGGACAAAGGGACCUGUAUGGAGGGAAUAAGAAUAUAGAUAAUCAGUCGAUAGGUGAUUUGGUAGGAGCUUUACAUUCCCUUGGGCAAUUUUUCGAUGAUGGUCUGGAGAUAGAGGAGGAUGGAUCGCCAAGUACGAUGGAUAAUCAACAUCAUCAAUUUAUCAGUAGAGGUAUUGGGCAAAGUCAGAGUAGGAGAGGCAGUGAUGCGAAGCCUGCUCCUCCUUAUGCAGGUGGACAUGGAAAGACGGGAAGUGAUGUUAGUGAAAGAAGGCUGAGAGCGAUUAUGGCUCGCGGUCAUCAAGCUUCCAUUUCUUCUCCUAUAUACGAAGCUUCCCCUUCUCACUCUGCCAUUAACGGUUCGAAUUCUACUUCAGGAAAUCCAAUACCGAAUUACAAUCGAUCUUUCAUCCAUCGUUCCAAUAUGUCUAUAUCCAUGACUUCCGAUUCGUCCAUUACGUCGUCUCAGGAUCAAGAUAGGGAAGAUAAUAUCACUCAACGCUUGAACUUCAGUCAGGGACAAGGACAACAUAUGAGGAACGAUUCGUCCGGUACAGGUAGACAUUCAAGGAACAACUCGAAUCUCAAUGUAUUCCUCAAUUCGCGUCGGGCACAUGGACAUGGACAGAUGGAAAGUGUAUCGUCGGUUAGUGAUUCAGGUGAUAAUCAAGCUUUUGCUUUGGAUGAACAACAAAAUGGACAGAAUGCGAAUCAAUCGAUGACUUCAAUUAACUCAUUUAUGAAUAGACAAGCUAUUUGGGAAGGAUCAAAUGAUGACGGUACGAAUGGGGUGAUUGAUUUGAAUGAAGGUAGAAGUGAACAGAGUACACCUAUCUUGACGAAGCGUAGUAUAAGGUGA